AUGAAUAAUAUAGAGAUAUAUGAUGAUUUAUAUAAGAUAUUGGAUGUACCAAAGGAUGCAUCAUUCAGACAGUUAUCAGAGGCUUAUAGGACACAAUCAAGAUUGUGUCAUCCAGACAAAGGAGGCCAUACAAAUGACUUUCUCAGACUGAGAAAGGCCUAUGACAUCUUGUCCGACCCCAUAAGAAGACGUUACUAUGAUACAACCGGUGUCACAGACAUACGUGUACUCGAUCAACUCAAACGAUUCACUCCAUUCGCCACCAAAGUCUCUGACUACGUACCCUACUUCCUACACAACGUCCUCGAUCGUCUAUUCAACUUUAAAGCGCGUACAAUGGCAUCCUCAAUCGGACUGGCCACCGAUGCACCGAUUGAGGACAUGGACUUUGCUCAUAUUGCAGCGUUCUCUUAUGUACAUAUGUGGUCCGAUUACUUCAUAUCCAAGUUGGUCGAUAAGUACAUGCCAAGGAAGGAUGGAACUGAUGGCCCCAACAACAAGCCAGAAUCUUCUUUCCCAUUUAUGAGACAGCUGAUGGUGGAGGUAUUGUCGACUUUGAUCGCAGCACCAUUCGAGGUGGCCGCAUUCAAGGCCUUUAGAUAUCAUUACAAGGGAGGCUCGGCGCUGUUGGACUACUUUACACUGGGCGCCGACCCCAGCGCAGCACUGUACAAGCGUCUGCUACACAAUGUCCUGCUCUACUUCCGCACAUUCUUUAGCUCGGACCUGAGACUGGUGCUUGGACUCAUCACAUUCCGCAUUGGUUACACAUUGACCAGUUACUUCUUCACAUCACUGGCCGACUAUUGUCAUCAUCGAUCACUGGUCGCAAAGAUUGAGCAUCAACAAAAGAAGAAGGAACAAGCUGAUCAAGUAGCACAAGCCAAUGGACAAGCCAAUGGACAAGGACAACAAAAAGUGGAUGAGGACGAGGAUGAACAACCGGAUUUGAUGAGAGACUUGAGGAAGCAGAGCCUUGGCGAGUUGGCUUGGGGUGUGGCAUCGGUGCUAUCAACUGCGAUGUCAUACUUUGUGCCCUCUACCAUGUUUUCAAUCUAUCGAUUGUUCUACAGAUUGGAGGCUGGCUCUGGAAAGUCAUACUUCUCGCCCACCAUCCUUGUGCGAGCCGGUCUACUCCAAUCAAUUUCCAGCUUUACCCUCGACGCCAUCAUCUCCUCCUAUCAGAAGGGUGCAGAGUUGUUUGGACCAAAGUAA